UCUGCACUGCUUGUCUUCUCUGGCGGCGCAUUGCAGGGCGUGUGUGUGUGUGCUUGUGCUUGUGGGUGUGUGUGCGUGUGUGUGUGUGCCACCAUUCUCUGCUAUUGAGGUGUGUGUGUACCGUGCGUGUGUUUAUGGAUCCCGGGAAAAAUGGUGAUAUUCUGGCUAGCGAUCGUCCUGAUUAAAAGCCUGAGCUCGGAGGCCCUGAACGUGACGGUUCGGCCGUUUCCGGAGGUGGAGGGUGUGUGGGGCGAGCCGGUGACCAUCGCGUGUGAGGUGGGGGGGCACCGUGGACCCUCCAGUAUCAUCGUGCUCAGAUGGGUGGUGCGACCCGACAAGGAGGAGGAGGGGGAAGAGCAGGAGGAACCACCUCUGACUGGUCCAGAGCAGCGCCAGUCAACGCAGGACCCACCUCUGAUUGGUCAAGAGCAGCGCCAGUCACCGCAGCAAGAGUUCCUAUUGGUGAAGCUGAACGUGCGAGGAGCGGAGUUUUGGGGGAACUACACACACCGUUUUGGUCCCGGCCACUUCACCCUGCGCCAUGACGACCCCGGUCACUCGUACAGCCUGUUGCUAAGCAACGUGACGCUCGAGGACAGGGGGCUGUACAGCUGCCGGGCACAGGAAGUCAGAAAACACAGAGUGCGAUGGAAAGCUAUCGCUAAUGCUACUGCACACACACUGCUCAGAGUACAUCCAGUGGUGAAUACAACCAGAGCUGACUGCAUAUGGCGCCUAUUUGAAGAUCUGUACCUGUGUGCAGCAGUUCUGUGUUCCAUUGGUCUGGUCUCCAUCCUCCUCUUCGCCAUGGUGAUCACCUGCCAACAGCUGAUGAGGCGGACACGGCCAAAAGAUAAUUAUUCUCUCGUCAAGUGCCCAGACAGCAGCUCCGGAGAAACAGUGACGAGUGAGGCUAGCAGUACCAGCACCAGCACCAGCAGUGGUGGCAGGAAGGACGGGGUUAAAGUGCCACUACCCCUUCUCUCCAGCAGGGGAAUGGUGAAGGUGCCAUUACCUCUUAUGACCACCGGGGGCAGUAGUAGGGAGAUGGUGAAAGUGCCCCCCCGGGAUGUGUCUGGGGCAAGGGUGUUAUCGUCUGCAAGACCACACAGGAAACAGAAGAGGCACAAACAAACUCCCGACCCACCCGACGCGCCCCCAGUGCUGCCUGCCAAAGCCCCACGCAUCCAGAAGCCGCGCAGAACUAAACUGUUGAAGGCUCAACCCAGACGAACUGCAGUGGAAGCGGAGGACAGUCUGACGUAUGCCGAGCUGGAGCUGGUGAAAGCGAAGCCGGAACCCGCAGCACAACAGCCCACGGCUAGCAGCUCCGGAACAGUCUACGCACAGAUACGCUUCUAGGACCACUGACACACAUACACUUCCAGAAUCAUCUAUCAAUCUACAGAUACACUUCCAGAACCAUCUAUCAAUCUACAGAUACGCUUCCAGAACCAUCUAUGAACCUACAGAUACGCUUCCAGAACCAUCUAUCAAUCUACAGAUACGCUUCCAGAACCAUCUAUCAAUCUACAGAUACGCUUCCAGAACCAUCUAUCAAUCUACAGAUAUGCUUCCAGAACCGCUUCCAGAAUCUAUGAAUCUGCUCAGAAAUAAUCAUACACACACUUCUAGGACCACUGACUUAUACAUUUCCAGAACCAUCAACUCUUCUACACAGAUACAUUUCUAGAGGUGUCUAUUCAUCUACACACAUACAGUAUAGUGUCCUCUCAUAUGCACAGAUAUGGGUAUGGAACCAUCUACACAGAUGUUCCUCAAGAACCAUCUACUUAUCUACCGGUACACUAAUACGCUUCUAUAACUGUCUUCUCCUCUGGAUUUCUUCCGUGGAUCCCACUCCUGCCAGAUCCCUCAUCUCAACUACAUUACAUUACAUUACAUUGCAUUUGGCAGACGCUUUAUAACCAAAGCGACUUUCAAAAGAGGACAUAAUCAAGCCAACAUCACAAGGAAAUACAAAGUGCUGGUACAGUACAGUACUGGUACAGACUCGAUCCCUUCAGUGGAUCAACAACGAUACAGAUGUCUCAUCUCAACUAUGGACUGGAUCACUUCUCCAGAUUCCUUCGGUGGAUCUCCCUCCCUGUAGAUCCAUCAUGACCACACAACAAGACUCAGACAGUAUUGUGUAUGUGCCACAAUGUUUUUAAUGCUUUUGCUUCACAGUACACUUGUAAGCACUCACCAAUUCGAGUUUGUAUGUAUUCUUUAUUUAUAAUGAUGCUUUAGCACUGUGUGUGUGUGUGUGUGUGUGUAUGUGUGUGUGUGUGUGUGUGUAUGUGUGUGUGUGUGUGUGUGUGUGUGUGUGUGUGUGUGUGUGUGUGUGUGUGUGUGUGUGUGUGUGUGUGUGUGAGAGUGAGUGUGUAUGUGUGUGCGUGUGUUUCUGUAUUUUGUACCCGCUGGUCGUGUAAUUGACCCUUACUGUUAUACUGUAACAUUGUGCUUAUGGGACUGAGAGACUGUCUAACCUUAUGAAGCUUUUAUGUUGGUGGACGACCUUGAGGACGCUUUAUUGACCUCAAUUGACCUUGAGGAGGCUUUUUGGACCUAAAUGACCCUAAGGAUGCUUUGGUUACCUGAACUUACGUUGAGGACUCUUGGGUGACCUAAAUGACCUUCAGGACUUUUCGGUGACCUGAAGUAACCUUGAGGAUGCUUUGGUGACCUGAAGUAACCUUGAAAAGGCCUUUGGUGACCUGAAGUAACCUUGAGGAGGCUUUUCGUGACCUAAAUGACUUUAUGAAGCUUUGGCGACCUUGAGACCUACAAGUGCCACUAAUGCAAAUGCACACUAACAUGCACUGCACAGUAGACAAAAUACUGACACACACACACACACACACACACACACACACACACACACACACACACACACACACACACACACACACACACACACACUACACAAACACACACACACACACACACACACUACACACACACACACCACAAACACACACACACACAAACACACACACACACACACACACACACACACACACACACACACACACACACAUACUGAGUGGACUUGGCCCCGAUAGUACCCGCGUGGCCCUAGCUAUUUUUGAGUGUGUGAGUGUGUGUGUGAUGUACAUACUGUACUGGUGUAUAUAAAGAGCUAUCCGCUUACUCACACAAUUAAAAGAAUCGUAUUUCUUA